AUGAAUGUGAGUUUUGUUCACGUCCUGCAGGAAAAGGUGGAGCUGACGGACGUUUACACGGAGCUGAAGACCGGAGUGGUUCUGAUCCGUCUGCUGGAGCUCAUCUCCAGCGAGACGCUGCAUCCGCCCAGCCGCCGGAAACUCAGAGUCCACUUCCUGGAAAACAACAGCAUCGCCAUCAGCUUCCUCAAAACCAAGAUUCGGGUGGAUCUGAUUGGUCCAGAGAACGUGGUGGACGGGGACCGUACGCUGAUCCUGGGUCUGCUGUGGAUCAUCAUCCUGCGGUUCCAGAUCGGACCCAUCAACCUGGACGAGGCGGGGGGCGGGGCCAGUGUGGCUCGUCGCUCGGCGAAGGAGGCUCUCCUGAUCUGGUGUCAGAGGAAAACGGCGGGUUACGACGGCGUCGACGUGCAGGACUUCUCGUCCAGCUGGAGGAGCGGCCUCGCCUUCAACGCCCUCAUCCACGCACACCGGCCCGACGUCUUUGACUACCGCCGUCUCCAUGGCGACGACCCCCGGCGUAACCUGGAGCACGCCUUCUCCGUGGCGGAGCGGGAGUUCGGCAUCAUGCAGCUGCUGGAGGUGGAGGACAUGGUGGUGCCCCACCCGGACGAGAAGUCCAUCAUGACCUACGUGUCCCUGUAUUACCACUACUUCUCCAAGAUGAAGCAGGGACAGACCAUCCAGAAGAGACUCGCCAAGAUAGUCGGGCUGCUGAUGGACCUGGAUGCCAUGAAGGUCCAGUACCAGAGGCUGGUCUCAGAUCUGCUUCACUGGAUCAAAACCAAGGUGGUGCAGCUGAACGACAGACGAUUCCCAAACUCUGUGCGGGAGAUGCAGAAGCUGAUGAUGGCCUUCAAGACCUACAGGACUGUGGAGAAACCUCCCAAAUACCAGGAGCGCGGGGCGAUCGAAGCUCAUCUCUUCAGUCUGAAGACUCAACUGGCAGCCAACAACCAAUGGGCUUACAAUCCUCCAGAGGGUAAAACUCUGAGCGACGUGGAGAAGAGUUGGGUUUUGCUGGAGAAAGCGGAACACGAGCGUGAGCGAGCCCUGCAGGAGGCGCUGCUCCGCCUGGAGAGCCUGGAGCAGCUGGCACAGAAGUUUGAGAGGAAGGCAGCGCUGAGGGAGGGUUACCUGGAGGACACGCUGCGUCUGAUCCGCCGGCAGGACAUCCGAGGUCUCUCCAGCCUGGAGGAGGCUCAGGCAGCCGGCCGCCGUCUGGAGGCUCUCGCCACCGACGCUCUGGCCAGAGAGCCACGCUUCGCCGCCCUGAGAGACAUGGCCAAGACCAUCGAGAGAGGAAACUACCACAGCAAGGAGCAGACCACCAGGAGAGAGGAGAACAUCAGCCAUCGAUGGAAGGACCUCCUGCAGCAGCUCCAGGAGAAGAGGGGGCUGCUGGGAAAUGUAGUGGAAAAUCUCAGCGUCCUGCGAGACAUCGAGCUCGUCUCCCAGGAACUGAAAGAACUCCAGUCUCAGGCCAGUUCCUGUGAACUGGGCAAACAGCUGGCCGAAGUGGAGUCGCUCCUGCAGAAGCAGGACCUCCUGGAAGCUCAAAUCUCAGCUCAUGGCGAAACCAUCACGGCCAUCAGCAGCACGGCGCUGAAGGUGAAGGUGAGAGACGGUCAGCAGAUCCAGAGCAGAGUGAGAGCUCUGGACACUCAGUAUAAAUCUCUGGUGUCCCUCAGCAGCAGCAGGAGGAGGCAGCUGGAGGCUCAGCGCCGCCUCUUUGACUUCUUCCAUGACUGCGAGGAGCUGGAGGCCUGGCUGUACGAGCGCUGGAUCAGGCUGCAGACGGCCGGACUGGGACGAGACCUGAACCACAUCCAGCUGGCCCAGCACAAACACAAGGUGCUGGAGGCGGAGCUUCAGGCUCAGGAGUCGGUGUAUCGUGGCGUUCUGGCUCGUGGUCAGGACCUGCUCGCCAAACAGAGUCAGCUGAACCAGCGAGCGGUCCACAAGUGGAGCCGCACGCUGAAGAAGCAGUGGAGCCAUCUGAGCGAGGACGCCGCCGGGCGCCGCGGCAGACUGCAGGCCGCCGCCGCCAUCAAGCAGUUCUUUGCCGACGUGGCGGAGGCUGAGUCGUGGCUGGCCGACAGGAAGCCGCUGCUGAGCGGCGAGGAUCUCGGGAAGGACGAGUCCAGCUCGGCGGCGCUGCUGCAGCGCCACCUGCGGGUGGAGCGGGAGAUGGCGGCCUACGGCCCGGAGAUCAAGAGGCUGGCGGAGCAGGCGAGGAGCGCCGCGCAGCUCGCCGCUCUGACCGCCGAGCCGCUCCGCAGCAACAUGCUCCAGUACAGCGACUCGUCCGGAGACGACGAGGCGCCCGGAGCGAUGACAUCACCGCCCGCCACAGGGGGGAGGGGCUCCGGGGGCGAAGAGGGCAGGGCCAAGCUUCGUUUCAGAUACAGCAGAGGUCAGUUUCCGUGGGAACGUAAUGAGGUCGUCACCGUCGUCGGCAUGGAAACGGAUGGCGAGCGUGUCGUGGCGAGAGAUGGUCGAGGAAACCAGCAGCUGGUCCCCAGAACGUACCUGAGCCUGCUGCCCGCCGCCGCUCCGCCCCCCUCGCCGCCCGUCUCCACCAAUGGGACGGCAGAGAGUCCGAGCAGGAAGCUGAGUCGUCCGAGGCGAAGCCGCUCGAUGCGGCGAGGAACCGCAGAGAUCCAGACCGCCGGUCUGCCGGACCCCCAGUACCAGAGAGACGCCGUGGAGAGCACGCAGGCCGGCCUGGAGCGGGACUACAGCGCCCUGUACGGCCUGCUGCAGUCGAAGACGAAGACUCUGCAGGAGACGCUGCGUCUGCAUCGAUUCUACAACUGCUGCCGCGAGUUUGAGUCGUGGAUGGAGGACAAAGAAAACAUCCUGAACACCUUCAGCACCGACGGAGACAACCUGGGAGUAGUUCAGGCCAAAUACGAGAACUUCCUGACUGAGUUGGCGAGUGGGCGUGGCCAGUUGGAUGACAUCAUCAGCGUGGCGGAGGAGCUGGUGAAGAGCCGCCACAGUAAACGGAGAGAGAUCCAGAGCAGACAGAGGACGGUCUCCAACAGGUGGGAUCGGAUCCAGCGUCUGAAGGACGAGAAGGGCCACGAGCUGCUGAGCACGGCGGACGUUCAGUCCUUCCUGCAGAGCUGCCAGGAGGCCAAAGAACAGCUGCAGGGCCAGCUGGCGGGCCUGGACACCGUGGACCUGGGCUGCAGCUCCUUCACCCUGCAGGCCGAGGACCAGAACCAGAACCAGACCCUCAGAGACAUCCAGACCCUGGAGGCCAAGAUCGCCUACCUGAAGAGCGUCGCCAAGAUGAAGCAGGACUGUAGUCCGGCAGAGAGCGCAGCCAUCGUGGAGGAGGUCCAGACCCUGGAAGCUCUGCUGAGUCAGCUGAAGCUGCAGGCUGCAGACCGGCAGCAGGUCCUGGACGAGGCCCGCCGGCUGCAGAGCUUCCAGCAGCAGACUAAGGAGCUGCAGCGCUGGGCCGGCUCGGUGCAGGAGCGCCUCCUGCAGGAGGAGGCGGCCGCUGACGUGGCCUCAGCCGUCGCUCUGCUGGAGCAGCACCAGGAGCUGCAGCUGGAGAUGGAGGAGCAGAGGAGCAGGUGGAAGGAUAUGCAGAAGUUGGGGAAGUCUCUGCUGCGGGGCUCGUCCAAAGGGAAGACGGGAGGCGUGGACGUCCAACACUCCCUGGACAAGCUGGCAGCUGAUUGGUUGAAGCUGGAUAACCUGUGGAGCAGCAGGAAGGAGCAGCUGGAGCAGCAGCUGGAGCUCCAGAGGCUGAACCAGGAGGGGGACCGGAUCGAGGCGGCGCUGUCGGGACACGAAGCCCGACUCAGGGUCAAAGACGUCGGGGACUCGGUGGACAGCGUCCACAGUCUGCUGGGCCUGCAGGAGGAGCUGGAAGGUCUCCUGAAGCCUCUGGACCAACGAGUGGAUCAUUUCUCUGAACGCAGCCAGGAGCUCAUCAACCAGCGACACUACGCUGCUAAACUCAUUAAGGAGCGCAGCAGGAGCAUCCAGAAGGUCAACAGGAAGCUGAAGGAGAGCAGCAAACAGAGGAGGAGCCUGCUGCUGGCUUCAAACCAAUACCAGGAGUUCCAGAGGGACGCAGACGAGCUGCUGCUGUGGAUGGACGAGAAGUUUAAAGUGGCGGAGGACGAGUCGUACCGCGACCCGACCAACGUCCUGAGGAAGCUGAAGAGACACGAGGCGGCCGAGAGCGAGAUGCAGGCCAACCAGGUCCGCCUGGACAGACUGCUGCAGCUCGGGGAGGAGAUGCUGGCCCAGGAGCACUACAGCAGCCAGAGCAUCAGCAGGAAGAAGACUCAGGUCAGCAGCAGGUGGAGGACGCUGCAGAACAAGAUGGCCGACAGAGGAGACAAGCUGAGGCAGGCAGGACAGCAGGAGCAGCUGAUGGAGCUGCUGCAGGACGCCAAGCUGAAGAUCGAGGCGAUCCAGUGGAUGCUGAACAACGCCGCCAAAGGUCACGACCUCCGCUCCAGCAGACAGCUGCUGAAGGAGCAUCAGCAGCUGGAGCAGGAGGCCAAGGAGCUGGCGGAGAAGAUCAACUCCAUCGUCAGCAGAGCCAAACGCCUCGCCUCCACCCACUUCGACUCGCAGACCAUCCUGCAGGAGACCGACACCUACCUCACCCUGUUCAAGUCUCUGCAGAAGCCUCUGGACCGGCGCCGCGCCCAGCUGGAGGCGGCGGUGCUGCUGUUCGGCUUUUACCACGACGUGGACUUGGAGCUCAGCUGGAUCUCUGAACACGUUCCCGCCGCCGGAUCCAGCGGAUACGACAAGAGUCUGGCCGGAGCCAUCAGCCUCAUGCAGAAACACAAGGAGUUGCAGGCGGAAGUGAACGCCCACCGGAAACACCUGAGCCACGUCCUGGAGAAGGGGCGGGGCCAGGCCAAAUCCAGCCAGUCAGACGGAGAGGAAGUGCUCCAGAGGUGCGAACACCUGAGUGCAGAGUGGGAGGAGCUGGAGGAGGCCUGCAGCAGGAGAGCAGCUCACCUGAGCAAGGCCAUCACCAGAGAACAGCUGUUGUUGGACUGCUCCGAGCUGGAGUCCCGGAUGAACGAGACUCUCGCUCUGGUGAACACCGACGACUACGGCAAAGACGAGCUGGCCACGCAGAGUUUACUCACCAAACACACGGUGCUGGAGGGCCAGCUGGAGGUGCUGCAGGUGGAGGUGGAGGAGUUAGGAGACCAGGUGGAGCAGGCGGUGCAGAACUGGAGCCUGAAGGAGCUGAACCGGCCCUACAGCCGCCUCAGCAGCCUGAACCAGCAGCUACAGCACCAGGCUGCUCUCAGGGGUCAGAGGUUACAGGAAGUCCUCCAUCUCCACGAGUUCAGUCGAGAGACGUCGGAGCUGGAGGACUGGAUGAACCAGCAGAGACAGACCGCCGAGUCCCAGGACCUCGGCAACGACUACCAACACGUUCAGUUGCUUCGUGGGAAGUUUGAAGGUUUCCUGAAGCAGCUGGAGGUCGGAGAGGAGCGACUGAAGAGCUGCAGAGAGCUGGCUGCCCGACUCAUCCACAAGAAACAUCCACAGAGCUCUGCAGCCCGAGAGACGCUGCAGCAGCUCAGUGCAUGCUGGGAGGAUUUAAAGGGCGUGGCCAGGGAGCGCCAGGAUCAGCUGCAGAACGCCGAAGAGAGUCACCGCUUCUACAAAGAGCUGACGGACGCUCUGAGCCUCAUCAGGGAGCGACAGAAGAGCAUCCCAGACGACGUGGCGAAGGAUUUGCGAGGAGUGAUGUCACAGUUGAAAAGACACGAAGCUCUCCUGUAUGAGCUGGCUGCCACAGAGGCUCAGCUUCAGGAGCAGCUGGACCAGGCUGACUCCAUCCUGGACCUCUGUACUCCUCGGCUGAAGCUCGGCCUGCAGGAGGUGCAGCAGGAGGUGGUGGAGCGGUGGGAGGAGCUCCGGCUCCACGCUGAGCAGAGGGAGGAGGAGCUGAAAGUGGCGUGCCAGAGAUACCUGUUCCUGAACACGGCCCAGGACUACUUCCUGUGGUGCAGCCAGCUGAUCGGAGCGAUGGCCGCCGAGGAGAGCAUCAGCGACGUGGCCACCGCCGACCUGCAGCUGGCGCAGCACCAGCAGCUGUGGGCCGAGAUCGAGGCCCGGCAGGAGACGUACCAACAGGCCCUGGACAUGGGGGAGGAGCUGCAGGAGCAGGACCCCACCAACAGGAAGGAGGUGAUGGAGAAGCUGCAGGCCCUGCAGGAGCAGCGGGAGCGUCUGCAGCAGCAGUGGAACCAGAAGCAGCGCUGGCUGCAGAGCGUCCACCUGGAGCAGGUCUUCUACCGGGACGUGAGCAGCGUGGACAAGACGUCCAGCUCUCAGGAGAUCCUGCUGCAGAACAGCUCUCUGGGACAGACGGUGGACGAGACGGAGGGUCUGAUGAAACGUCACGAAGCGUUUGAGAAGCUGCUCAGCUCGCAGGAGGACAAGCUGUCCUCGCUGAAGGAUCUGGCCGAGCGUCUGCAGAAGCAGCUGAGCAGAGAAAAGAGAGGACGCGUUCAAACCAAACUCAAGGCCCUCCUCCUGCGACGGGAGAGGAUCAAGGAGCUGUCCGUCAAACGCCGGCAGGAGCUGGAGCUCUCCAGGAGGCUGUGUGUGUUCAACAGAGACCUGGCUGAGGCUGAGGAGUGGGUAUCUGAGCGGAUGCAGAAGAUGACGGAGGACAGUAAAGCAGACCUCAGCAACCUGCAGGCCAAGAUGAAGCUUCUGCAGAAGCAUCAGGUGUUUGAGGCGGAGAUCCUGGCCCACAAAGAGAUCAUCGGCUCCGUGCUGCUGGCUGGAGAGGAGAUGGUCUCCCUUCGACAUCCGCGCUCCAAGGAGGUGAAGAAGAGUGCAGCCGCCCUGCAGCUCCACUGGGAGGAGCUGAAGAAGGCCCUCGCCACCAGAGGGAAAGCUCUGGAAGACAACAGAGACUUCCUGGAGUACCUGCAGAAGGUAGAAGAGGUGGAGGCCUGGAUCAGACACAAGGAGGUGAUGAUUAACGUUGGAGAUGUUGGAAAGGAUUACGAACAUGGAGUUCAGCUCCUGAAGAAACUCGGCGAGUUCAGAGGAACUGGAGACGGGGAGGUGACGGUGGAUGACGCUCACAUCACAGCCAUCAACAGACUGGCAGGCAGGCUGGAGAAGAGGCAGAGCGCUGACGAGCUGCUUACAGUCAGACAGAGGCGACAGCAGCUCAACGACAGGUGGAGCAAGUUUCACGGCGAUCUGAACAACUACAAGAAGAAGCUGGAGAGGGCGCUGGUGGUGCACGGCCUCAUCAGAGAGCUGGAGGAGGUCAGAGACAGGGCCAAUGAGAAGAUGCUCCUGCUGCAGAGCCAGGACUGUGGGUUUGAUGUGGACAGUGUGGAGAACCUGAUCAGACGCCACGAGGAAACAGAGCGAGAGGCCGGCAUCAUCCAGGAGAGGUCAAAGGCUCUGGAGAAGGAGGUAUCACACCACCUGAAGGCUCGAUCAGUCAUGAGUGACAAGCUGAAGAACAAACAGAAGGAGGUCCAGAAAGCUCUGAAGACUCUGGACAAGGAGGUGAAACUCAGGAGGGAGAAGCUGCAGGAGGCUCACCAGUUGCUGCUCUUCAAAGCCAACCAGCACCUCCUGCUGGAGUGGAGCGUCAAACAGAGCGGCGAGAUGGCGGAGAAAGGUCUCCCCAAGACCCGAGCCGAGGCUGAGCGGCUCCUGGUGGAGCAUCAGGACUGGAAGACGGAGAUCGACGCCCGCGCCGAGCGCACCGACUCCGUCCGGGACUUCGGCCUGGGUCUGAUCCGGUCAGGUCACAGUUCGAAGGCAGAGAUCCAGAAGGCCCUGAACCAGCUGGAGGAAGCCAAAUCUGGACUGGACCGAGCCUGGCAGAACCGCAGCACGACCCUGGAGCAGGCCCGGACCCUGCAGGUGUUCCUCUCCUCUGUGGAGCAGUGUGACAGCUGGCUCACCAACAAGGAGGCCUUCCUGUCCAACCAGGACCUGGGGAGCUCGGUGACGGAGGUGCAGGCUCUGCAGAGGCAGCAGGCUCAGUUUGAGGAGGUGCUGGAGGCGCAGGAGGAGCAGCUGCACCAGGUGGACCGACUGGCCCAGAACAUGAUCCAACAGAACCACUACGACUCAGACGAGAUCAGAGCCAAGAGCAGGACGCUCACAACCAGGUGGAGUCAGUUGCAGCAGGUCAGUAGAUGUCGUCAUGAAGCUCUGGAUGGAUCUCUGAAGCUGCAGCAGUUCUUGUCCAGCAGCUACCAGGUGUGUGUGUGGCUGAAUGAGCGUAACGCCGUGGCGUUGGAUGAGAGCUGGAGGGAACCAACCAACCUUCAGGGGAAGCUGCUGAAACAUCAAAGCUUCGAGGCCGAGAUCCUCGCCAACCGCUACAGAGUGGACGCACUCACCAAGGAAGCAGAGGAGCUGUGUGUGUCGGUGAAGGUGAAGGCGGGACCUCGGCUCAGAGAGAUGACGGACAGCUGGGACACUCUGAUACACAACAGCCAGGAGAAGAAGAGCAGACUACAGGAGGCCUACCAGGCUCUACAGGUCCAGCGCUCUCUGGAGGACAUGGAGCAGUGUGUGUGCUCUGUGCAGGCCCAGCUGAGGGACGAGGACUGUGGCAGCGACCUGCCGUCCGUCAACAGGCUGCUGAAGGCUCUGCAGGGCCUGGAGGAGGAGGUGGACGGGCACCGAGACCGCAUCCAGGCUCUGGUGGAGACGGCCAGGAGCUUCAGCUCUCAGGGGAACUUCCUGGCUGAGGAGAUCCAGACCAGAGUGGCUCACACCAUCAACAGGUACAACAGUCUGGCGGAGCCCCUGCAGGUGCGGAGGGAGACCCUGGAGGCGUGGCAGGUGCUGUUCCAGUUCAGCAGGGAGCAGGAGGAGGAGGUGUCCUGGCUGAAGGAGCGUCUGGCCUCCGUCACUGCUGCAGACUGGGGCAGCUCGCUGGGCAGCGGCCAGCAGCUGCUGCUCAGACACCAGGCUGUGAUGCAGGAGAUCUCAGGUCGCACCCCAUUGGUCCAGGCGGUUCAGGAGGCGGGGCAUAGUCUGGUCAGAGGUCGUCACUUUGCGUCUCACGACAUCCGCGAGCGUCUGGAGGAGCUGAAGCGUCUCCAUGACGACCUGCUGAUGGAGGCGGACAGGAAGGGGAAGCUGCUGCAGGAGGCGCUGCGCAUCCACAGCUUCCUGUCAGAGGUGUGUGAGCUGCAGCUGGUCCUGGAGGACCUGCGUGCUGGUCUGGAGUCAGGUGACUGUGGGCGGAGCCAGGAGGGGGCGGAGUCUCUGCUGAGGGUUCUGGACUCUGUGGAGGUGGAGCUGGAGACCCAGAGGAGGACGGUGGAGCGUCUGCAGGAGAGCGGAGCAGAGCUGCAGCACCUGGGACACCCCAACAGCCACCUGGUCAGCGAGGUUCUCCCUGGCGUCCUGGAGCGCUUCGAGACGCUCCUCCGUCUCUCCGCCGCUCGCCGAGCUGCCCUGGAGGAGCGGCUCCGCCUCUACGUGUUCGAGAGAGAAGCCAAAGAACUACAAACAUGGCUGACCUCCAAGAAGACUGUGGCAGAGUCCAAAGACUGUGGACAGGACCUGGAGGACGUGGAGGUGCUGCAGGAGAAGCUGGAGGUCCUGGUGUCGGAGGUGUCUGGUCUGGGUCGUAGCCGGCUGACGGUGGUUCAGCAGCUGGUUGGAGGCCUGCAGCAGGACGGGGCGGCCCAGCGGAGGGACGAGGAGCUGAGCGAGCUGUGGGAGGAGCUGAAGCGCAGCAUCAGGAGCAGGGAGCAGGCCCUCCAGGCAGCGAGGGAGGUGCACCAGUUUAACCACGACGUGGACGAGCUGAAGGGCUGGAUGGCUGAGAAGGAGGCGGUGCUGGACUCUGAGGACCAGGACCACGACCUGAACUCCAUCCAGACUCUGCUGAGGCAGCACGAGGCGCUGGAGAGGGACCUGGUUCUGAUCUCGGAGGAGGUGAGCAGGAGCAGAGAGGAGGGCGGGGCUCUGAGCCGACGGCAGCCUCCGGUCCGAGCCGCGGUGACCCGGAGGCUGGAGGAGCUGGAGUCCUGCUGGAGCAGCAUCCAGACCAAGUCCUCACAGCGCAGAGCCAGACUGGGCCGGGCCCAGGACGUCCAGCAGUACUUCUCCCGCUGGACCGAGCUCAUGGCGCGGCUCAGAGAGAUGCUGUCUCUGGUUCGGGGCGAGGCGGCGAGCGUGGACGGCUGCGACCUGGAGCAUCUGCUCAGGAAACACCAGGAGUACCGAGUCCAGAUGGACAGACAGCUCAGCCAAUCACAGGCUGUGAAAGAGGAGGGGCGGGGCCUGGUGGAGGGGGGGCACUUCCUGUCUCCAGAGGUGGAGGAGCGAGUCUCGGAGCUGCAGGAGCUGGAGCAGCAGGUGGAGCAGGUCUGGGAGGAGACCAGGAUCCUGUACGAGGAGGAGCUGGAGGUUUCUCUCCUGCAGAGGGAGCUGGAGCAGGCCGAGCGCUGGCUCAGCUCCUACGAGAACUCCCUGCUGGCCCAGGACUACGGGGACUCUGUGUCUGACGUCCAGGAGCUCCUGAAGAGGCAGGAGGACCUGGAGGCCAUGAUCCAGGCCCAGAGCGAGCGCUUCAUCGCCCUGCAGAAGAAGAAAACACAGAGGGAGAACAGACUCCACAGGAACCAGAACCCCGAGGACAGGAAACCUCCGGCCAGAGUCUUGUCCCUGAAGAGGAAACCGUCGGAUCCGAAGACGCCGCGAAGCUCCGCCUCCAGAGACGGCGUGCGUCGGGUCGGCAGCGGCAGGAGGACGGACAGGAGGACCUCAGCUAGUCCCCCUCCCAGCCCCCCCCCCGCAGCCAGACCCCAGAGUCCUCAGGAGCACAGGAGGAGACGGGAGACCGAGGAGGACGGCAGCAGUCCUCCUUCCAGUCCAAGCCCAAGUCCCGGUCCCAGUCCAAGUCCCAGUCCCGGUCCAAGUCCCAGUCCCGGUCCCGGUCCCGGCUCCUGGAGGACUAGAACCAGACCCCCAGACGUGGCGCCCGCCGUCUCUCCGAAGCCUCCCGAGUCUCCUCCGCCCUCCUCCCCUCACACCUCCGUCUCUCCUUCGUCUCUGGAGGAGGAGCGCCGCCCCAGAUCCAAACCUCCUCUGUCUCCGAAGCCCAGACUCUCCUCCUCCUCAGAGUCCAGGUUCUCCUCCUCAGAGCCCAGGUUCUCCUCCUCAGAGUCCAGGUUCUCCUCCUCAGAGCCCAGGUUCUCCUCCUCAGAGUCCAGGUUCUCCUCCUCAGAGCCCAGGUUCUCCUCCUCAGAGCCCAGGUUCUCCUCCUCAGAGUCCAGGUUCUCCUCCUCAGAGUCCAGGUUCUCCUCCUCAGAGCCCAGGUUCUCACGCCACUCUGAGCCCGCCGCUGCUCCUCCCGACUCGCCUCCUCCCGACUCGCCUCCUCCCGACUCUCCUCCUCCGACCAUCAGAUCCCUCGUUGCUCCCCCCGAAUCACCGCCGCCACCGAGCAGAGAGCUCCGCGCUGCCGAGCCUCCUGCUCCUCCUCCUGCUGCAGAGGAGGAGGUGACGCCACCCGACUCCCCGACUGCUGCACCAAUCACAGAGCAGGAACCCGAGUCAGCUGACCUCGGCCCUGCGUCUCUUCCAGGGACAGCGAGGACGUUAGAGGAUCCGCCAGACGAAGAAGUCGGCGUCCGCAGCUCCACGCCGGAGGUAACAGCACAGCAGCCAAUCAGGAUGGAGGGAACGCUGGAGAUCAAACUGAAACAAGGAGGAAACAAGGGGGCGGAGCACUGGGAGCAGGUGUUGGCCGUGCUGCAGGCAGAAACUCUCAGCCUGUUCAAGGACCGAGACGCUGCUGCUCAGAGGGCCUCCAGGUGGCCUCCCAUCAGCACCGAGCGCUCCUCCUGCAGGGAGAACCGCUACUACCGGAGGAAGGAGAACACCUUCAGACUCAUACUGGAGGAUGGUAGUCAGUACCUGUUUGCAGCGUCCAGCAAAGAUCUGCAGCAGCUCUGGGUGAAGAAGCUUCAAAACUCUGAAUCUGCCAGCAGCGACUCUAAUGACUCAGGGAGAGCGUCCUCAGUCAACCUGAGUCUGGAGAAGUUAGCCGACGCUCCGGACGACUCGUCCUCAGAGAGAACGUCCCUGCAGAGACAGACGUCCUCCGAGCCGCCGCCCAAACCACCACACACCUACUACAACCAGCACCGCUACAACCAGCAGGACCAGCAGGACCAGCAGGACCAGGAGGACCAGGAGGACCAGGAGGCCCCGGGCCCAGGUUCACAGAACCAGAACCAGAACCAGAACCCGCCCCCCCACGCCCAGGCUCCGCCCCCCCAGCUGACAGACGACAACAUGAGCAGGUCGAGGAGGAGCGUCUUCAGGAAGUUGUUCAAGAAGUAA